CGGGGAGCUCGCAACAAGCGCUGUUAGCGUGGUCGCCGGUCCCAGAAAUGUGUCCAGUGUAUUCGGUUUGGACGAUACCUCUAAAAAGAAGACUGCCAGCUGCCAUUCGAACAUGACAAGGAAGAGAAGGCAGGGCUAACAUGACCAGCUGGUUAUCAAAAAACUCCCCUUUGAAGGGGUCGCUGGUGGCCCGGUUCCGUACCAUUCUGCCAGUCAAAGCAGAAGAGGAUGUUGUAGUGUACAGGGAGAGCUUCCAGGUUCACUGGAAGAUAGCCUGGGCCAAGAUACAGUCUUUGGAGGAAGGUGAUGCUGUCGCCAUGGAAGACGUGAACUGCGUGCUGAACCACGUGGACCAAGUUGCGUCUCUGCUCUGCUGGGAGCUGCGGUCGCCGGCCACGCCGGUCGGUGACGAGUCCCAGCCCCGCCUGCUCGACCUGUUCCUGGAGGAGCGUGUGCCCGAGCGCCUGCUGGCCUGGAGCCGCCGCUGCGGCGCCUUCGAGCCGCUGCUGCGUACCGAGCUGCUGCGCCUGCACGAGCAGCUGCUGCGCGAGGGCGGCGCUGUGCUGCUGGUGCAGCGGGCCGUACUGCGUCCACUCACCGAGCUGUUGCUCACCUGCCGGCGCGCGCGCUUGGCCGAGCUGGACCGCCAGCUGCUGCAGCUGCUGUCAACACUGUGCACUGUGCUGCACCGGCAGCCCGAGCUGCUCGACCUCUUCCUGGACCUGCAGCCGGACGGCACCCGGUGCUCGCCACGGGGCUGA